AAGCCACAUUUUAAUCGUCCAUUUUGGCCAAAAUCGGCGAACAGACCGGAACUUAAACUUUUUCUUCCCAUAAAAGCCUUCAAGAGUGAUUUGAAGAACUUAGAAAGCAACAUGCCUGGGGUUACAGUGAAGGAUAUUGAUCAGCACGUGCUGACCAAGACUAUGGCAGCUUUUCUUAAAAAAUCCGGAAAAGUUGUUGUGCCGGAACUGGCUGUCUACGUGAAGACUGCCAAGUUCAAGGAGACUGCUCCCACCGACGACGAUUGGUUCUUUAUUCGUUGCGCCUCCAUCAUGAGACACCUGUACCUGCGCAGUCCUUCCGGAGUGGCGGCAUUCACCAAGAUCUACGGCGGACGCAUGCGCAACGGAGUUCAUCCGUCCAAGUACUGUCGCUCAUCGGAUGGCUGUAUUCGCAAGGCUCUUCAAGCUUUGGAAGCUGCUCACAUGGUGGAGAAGCAUCCGGAUGGGGGUCGUAAACUAACUUCCCUGGGACAACGUGACUUGGAUCGCAUAGCCAACAAGAUUGUGGCCAAGCAGCGACAGGCUAUUGCACCAGUUUCCAUGAUUAUCACAACCUAAGAUGCUAACAGUCAAAUUGGAACCACGAAUGAGCAUCUUUAAGUGCCUUGGACUUUGUCGAUGACAUAUUUCUAAAACUUUCUCAAUAAAGCUAAAACUAAUAAUAAUGAUAAAUUAAAA